UUUACCCACCAGACGAUCACAUCACCCGCUCCAUUUGCAACGGAGCUCCUUACUCUACCUCGACUUGCAACCGACCAAUGGUCGCCGUUUGUUGGGACAUCCAUACCCAUGCAUUCUGGAUACGCUCUUCUCUCCUCCGUCUUGCUCGUCCUCCUGGCGCUCUCCAUCAUCACACUAGUGCCACGCAUGCCAUCACCGCAGUCAUUCUUCCGAUCUCCACCGCCUCGCCUGAUCAACAGUAGGGUUCCUCAUCCAUCCGAUGCCAGCGAUUGUAUUUUCUCCGACGGUAAAUGGGUGAGGGACGCCGCGGCAGUGACUGCUUACCGGGAGGACUGCCCGUUUCUUGACCCUGGUUUCCAGUGCAUCAGCAACGGCCGGAGCAACUCAUCUUUCCGCUACUGGCGAUGGCAGCCUCAUGGCUGCCAGCUCCCGAAGUUCAAUGCAACUGAUAUGCUGGAGAGGAGCCGGAACGGCAGAAUCGUGUUCGCCGGCGACUCGAUCGGCCGUAACCAGUGGGAGUCCAUGGUGUGCAUGCUCGCCGCCUCCGUGCCAGCGGGGAAGUCAAGAAUAUAUGAGCAGUCCGGGAAACCCAUUAGCAGGCACAAAGGGUACCUCGCCAUGGUCUUCGCAGACUACAACCUCUCCGUCGAGUACUACCACGCCCCAAUGCUUGUCAUGAUCGACCGCUUCCCGGCAAGCAGCGGUGCCGUCAGGGGAGCGGUCCGGCUGGACAUGCUGCCUCGGCACGCCAACCGUUGGGCCGGCGCCGACGUGCUCGUGUUCAAUACAGGGCAUUGGUGGAAUGAGCACAAGACUAUCAAAUCGUAAUGCCAGGGGCUGCUUCAAGAAACGGGUGAUGUGGGUUCCAAUCAUUCUUGGUUUGGUUCCUCGGCACCAAGCCAAUCCCAUUCCUUUCCGCUGGUGACCGCCUUCUUGUUGCCUACCUUUUUAACCCCUGUUGUAACCCCAAGUCCAAGUACAAGGCAUACGUGCUCCUUUAAUAUGCUUGCUCCUCUUUUCUUGAAUUCAGGAUUGGCUAAGGCUCUAGCCAUUAAAUGUGACUGGGGUUGAUCCAAGGGCUGGUCUCAUGGUUUUGACUA